UCUUGAGUUUUUGGGUCGAAAUCAAUGGAUUCCUCGAGGGGCUAUUCAUCUCAUUCCUAUGCACCAUCAGCACCAGAGCUGCCCCCACAAUCCUACGGGCAGCAGCAGCAACAGGAUAACUACUCUUAUAAUCAUCAUGGCGGCUCUCCUCCUAGUCACAGCUAUUACUCGCAGCACCAGCAGCAGCAGCCAAGUUAUGGGCAGCCUUCGUUUCCAGCCGGAACACACGCAGAAGUGAUAAGGGCGUUUGAGAUGGUGGACAGGGAUAGAAGUGGAUUCAUCGAUGAAAAUGAGUUGCAACGGGCUCUUUCUUCAGGCUACCAGAGGUUUAAUAUCAGGACUAUAAGAUUGCUGAUGUUCUUGUUCAAGAACCCUCAUGAUUCUCUCAAAAUUGGGCCCAAAGAGUUUGCUGCACUGUGGAGUUGCCUUGGUCAGUGGCGGGCCAUAUUUGAGAGAUUUGAUAGAGAUAGGAGUGGGAAAAUUGAUUUGAUGGAACUGAGGGAUGCUUUAUACAGCCUUGGAUAUGCAAUUCCACCUUCUGUCCUUCAGGUUCUAAUUUCCAAGUAUGACAAUGGAAGUGGCAGGAAGGUUGAACUCAAUUUCGACAGUUUUGUUGAGUGCGGGAUGAUUGUAAAGGGCUUGACUGAAAAAUUCAAGGAAAAGGAUCCGCGCUAUACUGGUUCAGCAACGCUCACUUACGAUUCAUUCAUGUCUAUAGUCAUUCCAUUUCUUGUUUCAUAUGACUGACUUUGUAUUAUUAUCAUGAGCUUUAAUUCAAUCAUUUGAUUUUAGGCUACAACUAUUCUCUUGAAUUGUACCCUUUGAUAAAUAUUGUGAAAAGUGUGAAGAAUUUGCCUCUUUUUGUGACAAAAACAAGCGCUACCAGCAAUCAUUUGGGACUGAAAUAUCCUGUCUUUGUAAGCGCAUCUACUCUGAACUGUUUUCUUUUAUCUAUACAGCGAGCUGGAGAAAAUGAGGUUGAUUUUUUGA